UAGUAUUUGUUCUGCAUUCUUGCCGAACACGACAACCGCUUUGUGCGAGGAGUGGAAAUUAUCUUUUUCGAGUUCUGAUUUCGGUCGUUUUACGCUUGAUAUUACCAUGGGUGAACAACGCAUGAUUUUCAACCGUGGAGGUCCGCUAGGGAGACAAGAAAUACGUGUGAUCAGUACGGCCGCCGGUUGCCGGCGAAUCGUCAACAGGCUGUACCAAGAUUGCCAAGAUUGCAAUGUGCUGGGAUUCGACUGCGAAUGGGAGACCUAUCAGGGCCAUCGGCAACCGGUAUCUGUUUUGCAGCUAGCCUCCCCCCACGGGUUUUGUGCCGUUAUUCGUCUAAGCAAAAUCAAUAACUUACCCUGGGAGUUACAAAGUCUGCUGAUGGACAGAAGUAUCUUUAAAGUUGGGGUAGCGACUUCUGCUGACGCUUCGAAACUUCUCCAAGACUACGGUCUCGAGGUCAGGGGCUGUUGUGAUUUGCGUUUCCUGGCCGAACGGAUCGGCCUCACACAACGAAGUCUCGCCGGAUUAGCGGAAGAAACUCUAAGCAUAAUAAUGGUCAAGGACUGGCGUGUUAGUUCUUCCCAUUGGGAUGCAGCGUAUCUUUCCGAAGAGCAGAUAAGAUACGCAGCCGAUGACGCGUACAUUGGUGCCCUGGUCUUCGAAGAAAUCUUUCGUUACCUCGGCCACCACGAUGCAAACAGAAUGACAGUUUGGUUGGAUAAACCGUACCCGCACCAUAACUAACGCCUAACGCCUAACGCCCCUAAACUGUCACGCCGAACAAAGAUCGAUUGGCGAAUGGUAAAUAUUUCAUGUCAGAUUAACCAGAUUACAUUCGUAAGGACUUGGCGGAAAUGAGUGUAAAGAUUACGCUGCUACUACAGGGUAAUCCAAACACAGGGCUGGCAUUUUCACGUUUUGGAAUGUGUCUGUCAAACCUUAGUUGAAGGUUUGACAUUUUGGAAAAUAA